GGCCCUCACGUGAAAGGCCGGCUCUGAUGUGGUGGGAAAUACAAAGGAUGAAAUGCACAUCCAACAACACACAAGAAAAGCCUAUCUCUUUGUUGAACGUUCACCCAAGAAUCAUCUCUGCAUUUCAUAAAGCUGGCCUCCACAAACUGACUUCUGUGCUUACUCUGUCGGCUGGUGACUUGCGACGAAGGACUGGACUGUCUCGGUUAGACGUACAGGGAGCUCUGGAGGCUGCUUCCAAGGCCGCGUUUCCCCAAUAUGCCGUAGAUACAACUGUACUCAAGAUGUACGAGAACAAAGACAGUAAAGCUCCAGUCCAUCUGAGCACUGGUUGUCCCCGUCUCAACUCCUUCCUUGGUGGUGGACUGCUAGUGUCUGCUCUCAACGAAGUGGCAGGUACCAGUGCUGCUGGCAAGACUCAGUUCUGUCUGCAGCUGUGUCUCACUGUACAGUUGCCUAGAGACCAAGGAGGUCUAGAUGGAGGAGCUGUGUAUGUUUGCACUGAAGAUGCAUUCCCCCAUAAGAGGCUACAACAGAUGGUUGAAGCCUUUGCCAAGAAGAGCGGGAGAGCACCUCUGGAGAUCUCAGACAAGAUAUUUGUGGAGCAUGCUGUUACCAUAUCGUCCCUGAGUGUACAGCUGCAAUACAAGCUUCCCUCACUGCUGACCCAGCACAACAUCAAGCUGGUUGUGGUGGACUCAAUGGCAGCACUAUUUCGGGUGGAGUUCAGUGAGGCGCAGAGUCCUCAGAGGGCGCAACUGUUGAGAGCAUUUGGGGCACAACUUAAGAAGCUCAGCAAUGAAUUCAGCGCAGCACUUGUGUGUGUAAAUCAGGUGACAGCUGCAAUAGACGAAGAGUGUGUGGGUGGAGUGAAGCCAGCUCUGGGACUAGCGUGGGCGGAGCAGGUCACUGUGAGACUCAUGAUGACCAGAAGUGAGGGGGUGGGAGAUGAAACAGAACUGCAACAGAAUGCGACCCUUGUGUUGAGGGACAUGGAGGUGCUCUUCGCACCACACCUGCCGAAAGUAACUACCCAGUAUUUCAUUGACAAGACUGGUGUCCAUGGAGAUGAACACAUCACUUCACCAUGAAUACACACUGUAUAAUAAUUAUUAUACUAAAACAAAUCAUUCUACAGCCCAUUUUUUGUACACUUCAUGUGUAUAUAUUAUACUCUGUAUGUUGUAUUGUGAAUUAACGAUGUUCACCAAUUUAAAUUAA